AUGCGAUGAUGCGAUGCCUUGGAUGAAGGUAUCGAAUACCGAAGGUAGUCUAGCUGACGUGUUGGCAGCAGAAAACGUUACAGUACUAGUUACCGAGCCCGUGUGCGCUCGACCUUACAUCGAAAAAGCAACCUGCUCAAGAGGAUCUUCGCACCAUGCUUCCGAGCAGCAAAGAGACUCCUCUAUCACCUUUGUUGUUGUCUGUGUUGGUUGGAUCUGUUCAUUGCGUGAGUGGACGUGUACCUUCCUCUCACAUUAGAAGCUUCCCAAAUAAAUUGCCAAAAGUUUUCAAGAUCCAUCAUCAUGUCGUUGACAGGAACGCUUCUCUUUGCAACCGGUUUGAUACACAAUGUCUUGGGAAUCAUAAGCCCGAGGUUACGGGAGCCCUUACUGAGACUCAUGGCGGAUGGCGGUACUCUUGUGGUUCCCGAUGUCAACGAGCGCCAUGCCAGAGAGAACACCUUUUGGUUCCAAUUUGCUGGGAUUGCCUUGAUGAUUCAUGGCUGUCAUGCUCGUAGUUUGGCUCUGCAGCUAAAGAAACAAGGAAUGGAGGACGAAGCAGCUUCAUCAUGGCUUGGAUGGGUUGUCCUAGCAACUGGAGCAGUUGGAGCUUACAUCAAGCCCGUGAGUGGAUUUCAUCUUGUUUAUUUGCAGGGGAUACGCCUCCUGUGGAUCCAGCACACCCGAAAUGGGUUGGAACAGGGCAAGAAUGAUUAACGAUCAGACAUGGUGCUAUUAGUACCGGUAUUGAUUGAAUGAUUGGCCGAAGAGCAAACCUUAUUCGCGGUACCCUCUUGCUUUUCUAGCUAGACUAGACUCGACUCUACCGUAGCUAGAACUCGUGACACGAGACAGCAAUUCAGUAUAUUUUAAAAGAUCUGCAACAACC